UCGGGGUCGGAAUAAAAGGGCUGGAAUAAAAGGGGGGCAGAAAAGGCUCCGGGCGGGCCCGACACACAUCGGGUGGGAGCCGGGUGAGCGGCACCGAGGGGCUGAGUGUUUCAGUCCUAGGGCUCCAGGCGGCCCGGAGGAAAGAAGAAAGGAGGAGGCCUGUUUGUCUGCGGGGUGGGAGCGAGGUUGUCAUCACAUCUGUCCUCCGGCCUCCGUCUGGGUUGUCCCCUCACCCACCCGCCUGGAGCUAUGGCCCCUACUCUGGCCACUGCCCACCGGAGGCGAUGGUGGAUGGCCUGCACUGCUGUGGUGGAAAAUCUCCUUUUCUCUGCCGUCCUCCUGGGCUGGGGGUCUCUGCUCAUCAUGCUCAAGUCUGAGGGCUUCUACUCCUAUCUGUGUACAGAGCCAGAGAACCUCACCAACAGCUCCAGCCAGGCACCAGAUGAAGAGCAGGAGGAGGCAAGCUGGAUGAAUGGCUGGCUCAGCUGUAAGGCCCAGGACGAGAUGCUGAACCUGGCUUUUACCGUGGGCUCCUUCCUGCUUAGCGCCAUCACUCUGCCCCUGGGCAUCGUCAUGGACAAAUACGGCCCUCGCAAGUUGCGUUUGCUUGGCAGUGCCUGCUUUUCUGUAUCUUGCUUGACGAUUGCCUAUGGAGCGAGCAGCCCAAACUCCCUCUCUGUGCUCAUCUUCAUCUCCCUGGCUCUGAACGGCUUUGGAGGGAUGUGCAUGACCUUCACGUCGCUGACGCUGCCCAACAUGUUCGGUGACCUUCGGUCCACGUUCAUCGCUCUGAUGAUCGGCUCUUAUGCCUCUUCUGCAGUGACUUUUCCAGCAGUCAAGGUGAUCUAUGACUUCGGGGUCUCCUUCAUCAUCAUCCUGGUUGUCUGGGCCGGCUGUGCUGGGCUUGUUUUCCUGAACUGCUUCUUGAACUGGCCCCUGGAGCCUUUCCCGGGCCCAGAGGACAUGGACUACACGGUGAAGAUCAAGUUCAGCUGGCUGGGCUUUGACCACAAGAUCACCGGGAAGCAGUUCUACAAGCAGGUGACCACGGUGGGCCGGCGCCUCAGUGUGGGCAGCUCCAUGAAGCAGCCCAAGGAGCAGGCGGCCCUGCAGGAGGGCAACAAGCUUUGUCUGUCCACCAUCGACCUGGAGGUGAAGUGUCAGCCGGAUAGCACAGCAGCCCCCUCCUUCAUACACAGCGUGUUCAGCCCCAUCCUCCUGCUCAGCCUGGUCACCAUGUGCGUCACUCAGCUCCGUCUCAUCUUCUACAUGGGCGCCAUGAACAGCAUCCUCGAGUUCCUCUCCAGCGGCAGCCAGGAGGCAGUGGGUCUUUACACAUCCAUCUUUGGUGGGCUACAGCUACUCUGCCUCCUGACGGCCCCCGUCAUUGGAUACAUCAUGGACUGGAGGCUGAAGGAAUGUGACGACGGCUCUGAAGAGGCUGAGGAGAGAGAGGGUGACCAAGGGGAGAAGAAGAAGCGAGACCGCCAGGUUCAGAAGAUCACCAACGCCAUGAGGGCUUUUGCCUUUACCAACCUCCUGCUGCUGGGGUUCGGAAUCACCUGUCUCAUUCACAAUCUGCCUCUGCAGGUUCUCUCCUUCGUCCUGCACACGGUCGUUCGGGGCUUCAUCCACUCUGCCGUUGGGGGACUCUAUGCUGCUGUGUACCCCUCCACCCAGUUUGGCAGCUUGACGGGCCUUCAGUCCCUGAUCAGUGCCCUCUUUGCUCUCCUGCAGCAGCCUUUGUUCGUGGCAAUGAUGGGGCCCCUUCAGGGAGACCCAUUUUGGGUCAACAUGGGCCUCCUCGGGGUCAGCCUGCUGGGCUUCUGCCUUCCUCUUUACCUGAUCUUCUACCGGCGACAGCUGCAGAGGCAGCUGGACCAGAAGAGGGAGGACGAGAAGCUCUUCCUGAAGAUCAAUGGCACCCCCAAUCAGGAGGCCUUCGUGUAGGCCCUCCCACGCUUCACUCCACGGGCUCCUCCCCUACCUGGACCAUGGCUGCCUUUGGCCUCCUGGCCUGGCCCGGCCCCCAGAGCACCCGUCUCCUGUCACCCUGCCUCUGUCCCUGUCCACUCUGGCAUUCUUGGGAUUCUAUAUCAGAAGCUGUGUUUGCAGCUCAGGCUGUGGUGCCCCCCCAGGACCCUCUGGCCCUCACCAGGAGCUGGGAUGGGAUGGGAUAGCUGCUGAGGGCCUGAGACAGUGGCACCAGGGACCAGACUGAUCACCUUCUCCUUGUUAGGGUAAGCCCACCUGGUCCUUCUGGCCAGAGCUGCUGGAGAGCUGGGUCCCUGAUGAGGCUGGUACUGCUCCCUGCCCGCCUUCCAGCUCCCUCCCUGUGCUCCUGGAGGCCCCGUCUGUUGGCUCUCGGCUGUCUGCCACAACAGACUGACCAGGACAAUGUUGUGGGCUUGGCACCACCCUCGGAUGCCCAGUGGGCCCCCCUUUCCUGAGUUUUUGGGUAACGCCUCAUUUGCCAAAUUUGAGGAGGGGGGCAGUCCUCCCUGCGCCCACGAGCCAGGCCAGCUGCUCCCUCUGCUCCAUGCCAACACAGACUGUCUACCCACGGAGGGGAGGCUCUCAACGCUGGUCCGCUCCACUCAGACCCAGAGACGCACACUUCCUGGCCCGGUGGCACCCAGAAGGCCAUCACCCAAGAAAGCUGUGUGAGGAAGGAAGGACCCUCUUGUCAUUGUUGGUGCUAACCCCCUUGUGAUUCUCCUUGCCCCGCAUCGCCCCCUGCAGAGUCUCUGCUAUCCUGUGCAUGUGGGAACCCCAUCACUUCAUCCUGCUGUGUCCCUGCUGGCCAGGACGGAGGGAGUGGCCUUGCUCUGAGACUGGGGCGAAGGUCAGGGGACAGGAGGCGAGAGCUCAGAGGGAGCCUCAGAGCCCUGACAAAGUCAUCCCGACCCUCUUCCUUAGAGGGCACUUGGGUGGGUGGGUGG